AUGGCUAUGGCUGCCCCUCGACAGGGAGAAACGAGGCCCCAAGAGGCGGCCUUUGCUGCCCGCGGCUCCAGCGAAAACAAUGCCCUUAACCGACGCAGUCGCUUACCCCUGGAUACGACGGUCGCUCCCGUGCACCAGAACGGCUGCUUUGAAAUUGACCGUGUCAUCAAGAGCGGAUGUGUCCAGAAGCGCACCCAAAAGACAAAGAACUGGAAGACGGUGUAUCUUGUCUUGCGACCGAAUGGCAUCUCCCUCUACAAGGACGACAAGGAGGCCAAGCUCCGUCACCACCUUUACCUGUCAGACCUCUCCGCGGUGACCAUCCUCAAGGACCCCAAACACAAGCGCAAGAACCUGUUUGGCCUCUUUUCUCCGUCAAGAAACUUUCACUUCGCCGCCCCCACGCCGCAGGACGCGCAGGAAUGGGUCGACUCAAUUCGCAAAAUCGCCAGGCUCGACGAAGAGGAGGAGGAAAUGUACAUGGGCAGUCCUGGAGCGCAUAUACUGUCCCCUGGGGCUCCUGACGGUUGGGGACACCACAUCUACAAUGCAUGUUCAAGCUCCCCCGAAAACAUUGGCAUUCUCGAUCCUUCGGCGCCCAAAUUCAUGGGAUCAAAUCGUCGCUUGUCCUACACGUUGGAAUCCUCUGGCUUGUCUGGCAACGAAAUGCUCUCUUACUCUGACUUUUCCGACACCGAAAUCCCACGCGCACAGGGCACCUCCUUUGAGAACCUGGCCGUCCAACCACUGCCUGCCACGCAGCCUCGACAACCCAUCAUGCCUGGCCAGCGACCCGAAACAGGCGGCCGCUCAGCGAGCCAAGUCAGCGCCGUGACCGCCGAGCAGGAGUCUGAACGCGUCGUCUGGCAAGGCUCCCUGUGGAUGCAGCGAACCAAGCGCGGCGUGCGCCAGUGGAAGCACAUGUGGGGAGUGUUGCGCGCCCGACAGUUGGUCCUGUACAAAGACGAGUCGGAAUACGCUGCAGAGGUCAUCUUCGAGGUGUCUGACGUUGUCAAUGUCGUAGAGACCGACCCUGUCAGCAGGAGUAAGACGCACUGUCUCCAGAUUAUCACGGCAGAGAAAUCAUAUCGUUUCUGCACGCCCGACGAGGAGUCGCUGGUGCAGUUUCUCGGUGCCUUUAAAAGCCUGUUGGCCAAGAGGCGAGGACUGGAAGCUCGCGCAGCCGCCGCCGCAGCUGCAGUAGUCGUUGUCAACCCUCCUCCUGCAUAA